AGCAGGGGCGGAGGGUAACCUGAAGAGGCCAGUGGCCUGUGCACAGCGGCCGCCCCCGGAAGGUGCCGGAGUCCCCAGGCUUUCCGCGUGCUGGUUGCGAGGGUCUGAGCUGAUUGCACUAAUUGACUGCUUGCACUGAAUGUUGCUCGUGCCCUCUGGAGUACCAGGGGCGAAGUGGUGCCUGCUUGGGACUGCGGAACCCUCCGGCGCCCAGGAAGUGGAAGUAAUUUGAAAGCACGUUAUGAAAACACUUGUUGUUGGAAUUAGUGGAAUGGAGGAGAUCUGAGUUUGUUUAUAAGUACCCGGGAAGGAGUCAAUAGACUCGGAAGAUAAGAGAGAGACAGAGACAGAGAGACAAGGAGAGAGCUACCGAGAGAAAGAGAAUCUUGGAAUGAUUGAUGAAGGGAAGUUCCUGGAAGAGAGAGGAAGUGUGACAAAUGGUGGGAAGACAACCCUGGCCAAAAAACUCCAAAAACAGCUUCCAAGUUGCAGUGUCAUCUCACAGGAUGAUUAUUUUAAGCCAGAGUCUGAGAUUAAGAUAGAUGAGAAUGGAUUUCUACAAUAUGAUGAACUUGAAGCUCUCAAUAUGGAAAUACUGAUGUCUGCUGUCUACUCCUGGAUGAAAAACCCAAGAAAUUCCCUAGAAUCAGAUGACCUGGAAAGUGCUGAGGAAGUCCCUAUUUUAAUCAUUGAAGGUUUCCUUCUCUAUACUUACAAGCCUCUUGAUUCUGUAUGGAAUAGAAGAUAUUUUCUGACCAUUCCAUAUGAAGAGUGCAAGCGAAGAAGAAGCACCAGGGUCUAUGAACCACCAGAUCCUCCAGGAUACUUUGACGGGCAUGUGUGGCCAAUGUAUCUAAAACACAGAAAAGAAAUAGAAGACAUCACAAGGAAUAUAGUUUAUUUAGAUGGGACAAAAUCUGAGGAAGACCUUUUUACACGGGUCUGUGAUGACUUGACAGAAGAAAGAGCAAAGCAGAAAUGUCUGCAGAUAACUCCCAAGGUGCCUUCCAGCUCAACAUCUGGGAUCCUAUGAGUAGCAUUGAGAGAGGAUCCAUCAGAAUUCUUUCCAACAUGGAUUAGAAGAGUCUAAAGAAGCUAUUCAGGCAUAUAACCAAGAGAAUGAUACCCACAAUCACCACCAUAGUGUAAAGGAAAACAAUACUAGAAGACUUCAGAUUACUCUAAUAACCAAUCUUGAUUCCAGAAAACUGAUGAUGAAAUAUGCUUGUCUCCUCUUGGGAGAGAGAUGAUGGACUAAAGGUGUGAAAAGCUUCAUAUCUGUAUAUGCCAUGAUCUGAUGGUCAGUGUUUUGGGGGUCAGACAAUGAGCAGGGACUUGCUCAACUAUUUUUUUUUAAUGGGGGAGGGUUGCAUGGAAGCAUUAGGAAGUGACAAGGAUGUAGGAAAAAAAUUAAAACUAUCGGUAAGACAUUGAAA